CAUUGUUAGUAAAUCUAAAUUUGCGUCUUUUCAGCCUUAACGAUUCGAAUUUUAAAUUUUGAAUGUCAGUUGGCGUAAUUUUUGUGGCGUAUCAAGGUGGAUGCUGGUAGCGCCAAUUUUUUUUGUGGAUCCUUUUGGCAUCGUUAACUGAUCACACAUUAUUAAAUAUUUUUUUAAAGAAUUAACUUUUUAUAACGACUCAGUAUAACGAGAAAACAUAAACAUUAAUGUAGUGGCACAGCAUACAGUAAGCUUAGAGCUGAGUUUAUGUGAAACAGAAAAUUAGGUUCAAUGUUCAGAUAUUUUGGUUGAAUUAAAAACCCAGCUAUUAAUAAUGAUCUUGCGCAUGGUUCAAUCAUUACAAAUAUUUUAUCUUUACUAAUUGGUCAGUAUCAUAACAAAAUUAAAUAUUGACAAAGUUAAAUCAAACGAAGAGAUAAAGAUAAGAAUUUUAGGACCCGACUAAAUUGACAUUUAGUCGAUUAAAUCGACUAUUUGAUCGUCUUUCGACUAAUCGAUUUAGUCGAAGUCGAUAACGACACUAGUUACCACGCAAAACGGUAUUUAUCGUGGCGGUUAAUAUUUAUCGUGAAUAAAAACAAAUGUUUGUCUAUGUUUUUUAAAAACCGAUUUAUUUACGAUACCACUAGCAACAAAAAGAGCAGCCAAGAUACUUAAAAAUGUCUGCAACAAAAAAAUAUCAAAGUUCAGUAAAUUACGUUCACCAAAAUGCCAUACUAUGUGAAACAAUAAAAAAGGAACAAAAAAAUGAAAAACUUUACACUAACUUUAGCGUGAGCAAAGUUUAUGCAUUAACUGGAAAACCAAAUUGUACUCAUGACUUAGAAAAUGAAGAAGUUGAUAGUCGUUUUUUAAACAUAAUUAAACAAACUAAUCAGACUCCUCCUCAAAAACUCGAUUAUCCUCAAACUGAAGCUCAAGAAAUUGGAUGGUGCACAAAACCUUUAAUAGAGCCUUUGCUUACUGAUUACAGUCUUCAUCACCCUAAAAAACAUACUGAAAUAACCAAGUUUAUGGAUGCGUAUUGGAGACAAAAAGAACAGUCUACCGAUCACACUUAAGUUCCUUAAAGUGGAAUAAAUUUUUAUACUUUUUUUAA